GCAUGGACUCUGAGGAAGAGGCACUGUCACUGCUUAUAUAAAUAUAAGCCCCGAGCACACUAGCCACUCUGUGGCACCACAAGUGGCUGCGCAAAGUGGCGGGCCAGAGCACACUAGCCACUUUUUAGAGCCACAAGUUGCGACAACAUGUGGUUGUGUUUUGAAUACCCGGCCACAUGUAGUCGCCACACCGAUAUCACUACAUCUCAGUUUCAGCAUGGACUCUGAGGAAGAGGCACUGUCACUGCUUAUAGUACUUCUGCGACGUCGCCGCCGCCGUCGGAGAGCGCUAUGGAUGCACCCAAUUACUGCUUCGAGAUUGACCCACGGACAGUUUUACAUGAUAAUGAGUGACUUAAGAGCAGAUGAUGAUAAAUUUUUUGACUACUUUAGGAUGACCCAGGAAAGUUUUAACGAACUCUUGGCCAUUAUUGGCCCCCACAUUCGCAAAGACAGUACACACCUAAGGAAGAGCAUUCCAGCUGAGGAGAGACUUGCCAUAACAUUAAGGUUCUUAGCAACAGGGUGUUCCUCUUUUGAACUACAUAACACUUUCCGGUGUGGGACUUCCACCGCUAGAGGGAUCGUGCAAGAAGUGUGCAAGGCGGUAUGGGAGUAUCUACACUACCUAUGUUUCCCAGAAUUAACAAAGGAAGAAUGGCUGAAAAUUGAAGAAGGCUUUCGUUGUGAAGCACAGUUUCCGAACUGCAUAGGCGCCAUCGAUGGCAAGAAGUAUUUUUCAAUGGUGGUGUUAGCUGUAUGUGACGCAAACUACAGGUUUACUUUUAUAGAUGUCGAUUCUUAUGGUAAAGCAUCAGACUCCUCAAUCUACAAAAACAGUAACCUCUACCAAAAAAUGCAGCAAGAUACACUGAACAUUCCUAGCGAUAAACCAGUGUCAACGAAUGGGGACCCACUUCCCUUCGUUUUCGUUGGCGAUGAAGCUUUUGGCCUCUCUACUCACAUGCUAUGCCCUUAUGGGGGAAAAAAUCUCCAACACAAAAAAAAGAUUUUUAAUUAUCGCUUAUCAAGAGCGAGGCGAUACAUCGAAAGUGCUUUCGCCAUUCUCACAAAUAAAUGGCGCAUAUUUCAUAGACCACUGGAUUUACAUGUUGAGAAUGCCGAAAACAUUAUCAGGGCAUGUUGCACUUUACACAACUUUGUAAGAGAAAGGGAUGGUGUACAGUUUGAAAAUACACUAAAUGUUGUAGGUCUGACUGAUGGUGAUGGUGCAAUACAAGCAGGAUGCCCUCGAUCCGCUAUAACAAUAAGAGAAAAGUUCUCGGACUACUUUUCCAGCAUAGGAUCAGUGUCGUGGCAGGAUAGAAUGAUUGGGAACAGAGUGUAGGGCAAGUCAAUGUGUGACAUAGUAAAGGAUGUAAUGUGUUACAAACUUUUUUCUAAAUUAUUUAUUGUGUCACUUAUGUAUUAGAUAUACAUUAUUAUACAGCUAUGUAUGAAAUACUAGACUUACAAUAUCAAAUAUUGUGAAUAUAAAUAUAUGAAAUGUAAUACUUA